GCUUCAAGCCGCUGACUGCUGCUGCUGGCACCAUUCGGAGUUUGUGUGCCCGCAUGUUCGGAUCGUCGCACGUUUAACGGGAGUUGUUUACAAUUCUUACGCGUCCGUCGCGCGUGGUUUGCAAUCGUUCGUUAACGAAACGUCACGUCGCCGGUCGAAUUAAGUGACUAGUUCUGUUUCGGUAGACAGCGGUGGGUUUGCUACCGUCAUAGCAUAGAAUCGUUGCAUAAGUGCAUUGAGGUUACCUUCGCGUUGAAGUUCCGUUAAUUCAACAUCGCAAUGACAAUCUACGGCAAAUUGGUGCAAAUAAUUAUCAUCUCGUUUUAAGAGGAAGAAGAAAUUGUUGUGGUUCUGCAACAAGAGGUGAACCGCUCGAUCAUUGGCGUGCGAACAGCUGUUUCCUGAGUUCAACAGCAGCGCAGCGGUGCGGCGCCUGACUGCGGUUGAGGUGCAUUAUGCGAGCUGCCGUCGAGAGGUGGUGAUUCGAGCAUUGAUAGGAAGUAUUUGUAAUUAUCACGAACAGCACUACUCAUCAUUAUCAUCAUGUCAAACGAAUCGAUUCUCCACAAACGGAACGUUUUGAUCACCAAUGGAAGCUCCGCCCUUUCGCAGGCAUUGUGCGAACAGCUGAUCGAGAUUCACAAAUGUCGCGUGGCUUUGGUUAGCUCCGGCGAGGAACGAACGGAAUCAGCUCGUCACCAGUUCUACUGUGACGUCUCCAGUAGGAAGGAGGUCACCGAACUGGCCACGAAGCUUAAAACGCAGUUUGGCUCCUCGAUUGAGCUGGUGAUUCAUCAAGAAUGUGGCAAUGACUUUGGAAUAACCGCAGAACAGAUGGAUCGAUUCGUCAGUCAGACAUCGAACGAUAUAUUAGGAUAUGUUAACCUCCUCACUUGUUUUGUUCCCGACAUGCUACAACAUGGUUCAGGCCGUAUUGUUUCUGUAAAGAACACACCCAGCAAGGUUCACGCUGCCAUAGACUGUCAACCGGAUUAUGAUGAUCUCGUAGAAAGUAUUUUCCGCGCCCAAGCGGCAACGGUUCCCAGUCACAUCAUGCGGGGACCAGAAAACAUCCGGUUGACGACCAUUUUCACCAAUCAGCCGCCUCAACAGCAAGCGGCAAAGCCAGGGCCGAACCUUAACUUGACUGACAGAGAGCUCGCACUGCGCAUUCUCAGGGGUAUCGAAUCGAAUCAGGCACACGUUCAGGUCCACGCCCGGCGCAAUUUGUUCGAGUUCUGCUCGACCAACAUCGUUCAGCUGGCCGCGUUCGGGUUAGACAAACUGCAGCUCAGAAAGUCCCAAAAAAUUCCAAUCAAAGUACAAUAAAGACGCGAUUAGCAUACGAAGGCA